AUGAUGAGGAAUCUCGGAAAUUACAAGUUCGCUUUCGUCACCUGCUCCGUUAUUGCUCUCAGCAUCUACGUCGCGCUUUACGGUCUCCGAUUCGACAACGCCAUUCUCCGUGCUCUCCGUCUCGCGAGAAAAUCACCGGAUAAUCGUACCGGCGGUUGGGAUUCCGAGAAAUCUCCCUUCGACGAGGAUCUCAAUUCUAUGUACAUGUCUAUCGCAGAAGAAAUCGAUCAAUCCUACUCGCUCCACUACGAUUUCUACCGAGAAUCUUGCCCUUCCGCCGAUAAAAUCAUCGCUAAAACCAUCAGAGAGAUCUACAAUGCCAGGCCCAGCGUAGCUCCGGCUCUCAUCCGCCUCCUCUUUCACGAUUGCUUCGUCGAGGGAUGUGAUGCUUCAGUCCUUCUAGACGUAGAUGAAUCUCUUACUACUGAAAAGGGAGCAGCUCCUAAUCUUUCUUUGAAAGGGUUUGAUGUGAUUGAGGCUAUCAAGUCUGAGCUAGAGAAUAUAUGUCCCGGAAUUGUUUCCUGCGCUGAUCUUCUUGUAUUGGCUGCUAGAGAAGCCGUCCUUGUGGCUGGUGGUCCAUUUUAUCCUCUGGAAACUGGAAGAAGAGAUAGUGUAGUUGCCUUCAGGGAAAUUGCAGACCGAGAGCUUCCUUCACCACAAGCUUCUCUCUCCGUAAUUCUUGCAAGUUUCUCUUCCAGAGGAUUCAACGAGCGAGAGACAGUCAGUUUAUUCGGAGCACACAGCAUAGGCAUCACUCACUGCACAUUCUUUAAGGAUCGGCUCUACAACUUCUCAGGAACCGGAAAGCCAGACCCUGAAAUCAAUACAGGGUUCCUUCAAGAACUGAAGACCAAAUGCCCGUUCUCUGCAUCGGCGUCGUCUCCUUCUCCAUCUCCUGGCACAGGUUUAGCACCAACCUUACCUGCAUCACAUUCUUCUCAGAGCUAUGGUAUGAGCUCAGAAAACGGGAAUGAUGCAGUGAUCGACCUGAGCUACAACAAUGAGGGAGGUGAUGAAAACUUCGGAACACGCUACUACAGAAGACUUUUGCAGAAGAAAGGGCUCAUGUAUUCUGAUCAGCAGCUAACGGGUAGAGAAGAGACAGAGAUAUGGGUGAGAGCAUACGCUUCUGAUUCAAUGUUGUUCCGCAAAGACUUUGCCAUGGCGAUGAUGAAACUGUCAAAUUACCAUGUAUUGACUGGUCCUCUGGGUCAAAUCAGAACAAGCUGCUCAAAAGUCCUCCCCAGGAAGUGA